UGCAAGCUUGAGCAACGGCAUGUUGUGAUGCGUACACCUCCGAAUCCCCCACAUUUCUGCCUUGCCUUCUGCGCUCAUCGCAGCCCGUCAUCCCAAACAUGAGCAUCGAAGAACCCCUUUACUCCUCCCCUGGCGGAGACGACCGUCCCGUCAUCGCGACUGCUGCGGAACAUGAGCUGCGCGAAGCGUUGAAGAAAGUUGGCAGCGAAAACCUAGACGAGCUCGGUAUCGCCACCGUCAAGUACCAGCUCGAGAAAUGGGCGGCAGCGCAGAAGCAGGCGGACGCGGUAUCGUACAAUUUGGGCACCAAGUUCGGGGUCGACUUUGACAAGCUGAAGCUGGAGGGGCGGUUGGGGCGGAAUCCGGAGAAGGAUGCCGAGAUCAUCGUGGGGGCGGUGAGGGGGCCGGGGCAUAAGAACCUGAAGGAGGUGUGGUCCUGGAAGAAGCUGCCGUACGCGGUGAGGUGCGCGGGCUUGGCGCGAAAAGACGAGGAUGAGGAUGACGAGGGCGAGAGUCGCGGCAAGAAGAAGGCACGCGUCGAAGGGGGCGACGACCUUGUGAUUGACCUCGACGAAUGGAUCCUACAAAACGAGAUUUAUCUUCGUAAUCUGACUCGCAAAGCGAAGGUCGACAGUCCUGGCAAGGACUGGACUUACGGCUUGGUUAACGGGGACGAUUUGUCCACCGUCUUGCCUACCAACGAACCAGUCAAGGUCAGAAGCGACACCGUGGGCCUGGAGAUCCCUCGGCAACCCGUCAACGCGCUGCCGGGCUUCUCCUUCCUGGAUCUCAAGCGCCGCGAUACAGCCUUCGUCCAGCCAAACUCGGCAGCCGUACGCGAGCGCUGGGAGACCAUGACCGGCGGCCUUUUCAAGGGCCUCGACUGGACGAACGUCUGCGUGGCCGGCGGCCUCAUCCUCGGCGCUCUUCUGACCCCCGACAUACCAAAAACUCGAGCUAAAAAGGUCCAACCACACACUCCCGAAGAAUGGGCCUCCUCUGACAUCGAUGUCUACAUCUAUGGGCUGGGACCAGAAGCUGCAAACGCAAAGAUCGCGCACAUCGCAGAUGUGGUGAAGCGCAACUUGCCAGAGGACGCGCCGUUCCUGCUUGUGCGCAACUCGCAGACGGUGACGUUGUACUCGAACUACCCGACGCGGAGGGUGCAAAUUGUGCUCAAGCUAGUGGAGAGCCCGCGCGAGGUGCUGCUGAAUUUUGAUCUGGAUAUCUGCGCGGUGGCGUUCGAUGGCACGGAUGUGUGGAUGCUGCCACGGUGUGUGCGGGCCAUUGAGACUGGGACCAUCGUCUUCACGAUGGACCUCAUCGAAGGUCAUUAUCUAGGCGACCGCAAGGCUUCGCGUGAUAAAAGAGUCUUCAAAUACGCCAACAAAGGCUUCGGCUUCCGCAUAUUGCCCUCCUACCUCGCCGCCCUCUCCACCUACGCCAACAAAGAGGCUACCGCCGUCCACGCGCGCGGGGAGCGGCUCCUCCCGCCGCCAUAUAACCUUCAGGACAUGGCUGACGCCGCGCGCCAGUGGACACGCGAGUGCCUCGACAACUACAUCAAGGUGAAGUACGAGAACCGGCCGUUCCACUGGCCGAAGGGCAAGUACAAGCAGGUGGAGUCGAGCAAGCCGGUGUUCACGCACGCGAUGCUGGAGAGUCGGGGGCAGCGGACGAGCGAGCCGCUAACGAGGAGCUGUUUGACGGGCUUUUCGUUGCUGAUGCGGCAUGUGGCGCUGUGGGAGGAGGAGGUGAAGGGGAAGGUUGUGAUCAAGGAGGAUCUUUGGGCGGCAGAGACGUAUGGCGAGGGCCUUGCAAUCGUCGCUUACGACGAUACGCCUGCCUACACAUGGGACGAGAACUUUAAACUCGAGGACUUCAAGCAGGCCAUCGACGAGUUCAACAAGAAAGAGAGCAAGAACUUCGGCAUGCACCUCUACCAGUCGCGCAAAGGCGCUGUCCAGGCUGCGCGUAUCACAUACGCCGACAACGCGGAUGCUCUGCUCGACGCCGAACAUGACAUCAGAAUCCCGCUUUUCCUAGGUGCCAAGUUCAAGGAGUACGCGGAGCGGGUUAUCGGGGAGGCCAUCAAGGACAACGGGUUCCAGCUCGCCCAUCCGGUCCUGCAUCAAGUGGAAACGGAGCUGGAGCCACAGUUCGACGCGUACGGCAUGCAGCCUGUGCUCUGGCAGCUCGACCGGGUGCUGAACUGGCAGAUGGUGGACCGGAGGAUUGAUGAAGUCCGUGAAGCCCUAUGGGCAUACCACCGCGGCCUGGAGCGCUUGGGGCAGGCAGACGAAACGCUGGGGCAGAUGAUGCAGACGAACCUGUCGCGGCGCGCUAUCAGGACGUCCGUGCCCGACGAGAUGGGCUCGUUCGUGCGCUGGGUGGGGAGGAAACCGCAUGAGACGAGGCCGUUCAUCAAUGCGCACUUCGUCUACCAAGAGGAGGGCGUGAGGGACAGCGAUUACGAAGAACGUGCGGACGACGAUGAGGACGAGUGGUAGGUGGGUAACCUCACGUGGACUGGCGAGGGCAUGCGCGAUUUCUUGUUUGCUGCCGAGGAGUUGCACCUCGUAGAUCUUGUACAUUCGGACCUUACUCUACAUGCUGCUUGGUAGUAUAGUCCAAAGUAGAGACGAGCAGCUAUCUGCUUCAUUCUGUCCUUGAGCUCACUGUAUCAUCAGCCUCAUAAAGCUGAUGAUUGAGACCUUGCGCUCGUAUUUUGGCACGGACGACAUCCAUUCUAUGUGUAC